CGAGUGGGAGUUGAAGCUUUCGAGCUGUAUGGUUUCGUUUCUAUGAUACAGAACGAGUUUCUGGGAAAGGUCACAUUAUAGUGCGAAAGAUAAGAGAUUUUACGUUGGGUUGUGUUGCUAUUGCAUUGUUCUUUGGGGGUUGGUAAUAGCGGUUUUAGGAGAAAUGAGCGUUGAGGCAUAUGGUCCGAGCUCGCAGACUCUAACCUUCCUGGACACCGAGGAAGCGGAGUUGCUUGGAGCAGAUACUCAGGGUUCGGAGUUUGAGUUCACCGAUUUCACCCUACCAAGUCAGACUCAAACACAAGGCCAAACCCAGAGUCAGUUGGAUGCCCAGGUAAAUGAUGCUGAUGGCGUUUUGCAAAACGGUGACGACGCAGUUGUGAAAACCAGCCAACUUCUUGCUGAACUUAAUUUUGAAGAGGAUGAAGAGGAUACUUACUACACAAAAGACCUCCCGGUGCAUGCAUGCAGCUACUGUGGCAUCCAUGACCCGGCCUGCGUGGUAUACUGUAACACAAGCAAAAAGUGGUUCUGUAACGGACGUGGCAACACCUCUGGCAGCCAUAUUGUGAACCAUCUGGUCAGAGCGAAGUGCAAGGAAGUCACUCUGCACAAGGACGGGCCCCUGGGCGAGACGGUGCUGGAGUGCUACAACUGCGGCUGCCGCAACGUCUUCCUCCUGGGCUUCAUCCCAGCCAAAGCCGACUCCGUGGUGGUCCUGCUUUGCAGGCAGCCGUGUGCGAGCCAGAGCAGCCUGAAGGACAUCAACUGGGACAGCUCUCAGUGGCAGCCCCUGAUCCAGGACCGCUGCUUCCUGUCCUGGCUGGUGAAGAUCCCCUCCGAGCAGGAGCAGCUGCGCGCUCGCCAGAUCGCCGCUCAGCAGAUCAACAAGCUCGAGGAACUAUGGAAGGAGAACCCGACGGCGACCCUGGAGGACCUGGAGAAGCCGGGCGUGGACGAAGAGCCACAGCACGUGCUGCUGCGCUACGAGGAUGCCUACCAGUACCAGAACAUCUUCGGGCCGCUCGUCAAACUGGAGGCAGACUACGACAAGAAGCUCAAAGAGUCCCAGACCCAAGACAAUAUAACGGUCAGGUGGGACUUGGGGCUGAAUAAAAAGAGGAUUGCUUAUUUCAGCCUUCCCAAGACGGACUCAGGUGACAUGCGUCUGAUGCAAGGAGAUGAGAUCUGCCUUCGCUACAAAGGAGACUUGGCCCCACUGUGGAAGGGCAUUGGGCACGUCAUCAAAGUGCCUGACAAUUACGGAGAUGAGAUUGCCAUUGAGCUGCGAAGCAGUGCUGGAGCACCCGUUGAGAUCCCACACAACUUCCAGGUGGACUUUGUGUGGAAGUCCACCUCCUUUGACAGGAUGCAGAGUGCCCUGAAGACGUUUGCAGUGGAUGAGACGUCGGUGUCUGGCUACAUCUACCACAAGCUGCUGGGCCACGAGGUGGAGGACGUCAUCAUCAAGUGCCAGCUGCCCAAGCGCUUCACUGCCCAGGGCCUGCCUGAUCUCAACCACUCUCAGGUGUAUGCUGUGAAGACAGUGCUACAGCGUCCUCUCAGCCUCAUCCAGGGUCCACCUGGCACGGGAAAGACCGUCACCUCGGCAACCAUUGUUUACCACCUGGCCAGACAGGGCAACGGGCCUGUGCUGGUGUGUGCUCCCAGUAACAUCGCGGUGGACCAGCUGACUGAGAAGAUCCACAUGUCGGGGCUGAAGGUGGUUCGCCUGUGUGCCAAGAGCAGGGAGGCCAUCGACUCCCCCGUCUCCUUCCUGGCCCUCCACAACCAGAUACGCAACAUGGACAGCAUGCCAGAGCUGCAGAAGCUUCAGCAGCUGAAGGAUGAGACUGGAGAGCUGUCCUCCUCUGAUGAGAAACGCUACCGGGCCCUCAAGCGCACUGCUGAGAGAGAGCUGCUCAUGAAUGCUGAUGUGAUCUGUGGCACGUGUGUGGGAGCGGGCGACCCGCGGCUGGCCAAGAUGCAGUUCCGCUCCAUCCUCAUCGACGAGAGCACUCAAGCCACGGAGCCAGAGUGCAUGGUGCCCGUCGUGCUCGGAGCCAAGCAGCUGAUCCUGGUGGGUGACCACUGCCAGCUGGGCCCGGUGGUGAUGUGUAAGAAGGCCGCUAAGGCGGGCCUGUCCCAGUCCCUGUUUGAGCGGCUGGUGGUGCUGGGCAUCCGGCCCAUUCGGCUGCAGGUGCAGUACCGCAUGCACCCCGCCCUCAGCGCCUUUCCCUCCAACAUCUUCUACGAGGGAUCGCUGCAGAACGGAGUUACCGCAGCGGACCGCGUGAAGAAGGGCUUUGACUUCCAGUGGCCGCAGCCGGAUAAGCCAAUGUUUUUCUACGUGACGCAGGGGCAGGAGGAGAUCGCCAGCUCAGGAACAUCCUAUUUGAACAGGACUGAGGCUUCCAACGUGGAGAAGAUCACCACUCGGCUGCUGAAGGCGGGAGCCAAGCCGGACCAGAUCGGGGUCAUCACGCCCUACGAGGGCCAGAGGUCCUACCUGGUGCAGUACAUGCAGUUCAGCGGCUCCCUGCACACCAAACUCUACCAGGAGGUGGAGAUAGCCAGCGUGGACGCCUUCCAGGGCCGAGAGAAAGACUUCAUCAUCCUGUCCUGCGUGCGUGCCAACGAGCACCAGGGCAUCGGCUUCCUCAACGACCCACGCCGUCUCAACGUCGCCCUCACCAGGGCCAGGUAUGGCGUGAUCAUCGUGGGCAACCCGAAGGCUCUGUCCAAGCAGCCGCUGUGGAACCACCUGCUGAACUACUACAAGGAGCAGAAGGUGCUGGUGGAGGGCCCCCUCAACAACCUGCGGGAGAGCCUCAUGCAGUUCAGCAAGCCGCGCAAGCUCGUCAACACCAUCAACCCCGGCGCCCGCUUCAUGACCACCGCCAUGUACGACGCCAGGGAGGCCAUGAUCCCCGGCUCAGUAUACGACAGGAGCAACGGAGGUCGCCCGUCCAACAUGUACUUCCAGACCCACGACCAGAUCGGCAUGAUCGGCACGGCGCCCAACCCCAUGGCCGCCAUGAACAUCCCCAUCCCCUUCAACCUGGUCAUGCCCCCCAUGCCCCCCUCGGGGUACCUGGGCCAGCUCAACGGACCAGCAGCAGGCCGCGGUGCGCCGAAGGGGAAGGCGGGCGCUCGCGGUGGGCGCCAGCGCGGCGGACGUGGCAUGGGUAACCAUGGUGGCGGCGGCCAGUUGGCAAUGUCGGGCAGCCAGGCGAGCCAGGAGCUGGUGUCACAGCCGUUCUCACAAGGUCCCCUGACGCAGGGCUACAUCGCUAUGAGCCAGCCCUCACAGAUGAGCCAGCCGGGCCUGUCGCAGCCUGAACUCUCCCAGGACAGUUACCUUGGUGAUGAGUUUAAGUCCCAGAUCGAUGUGGCCCUGUCCCAGGACUCCACCUACCAGGGUGAAAGGGCAUACCAACAUGGAGUGACUGGUCUGUCGCAGUACUAGAGUGUUGUUGGACAGGGAACUAGGCUUAUGCUGAGCUUAGUCCCUCAGCAUUUUAAAUCUGGGUAACAAUAACUAAAGACCAACCACGGAUGCCCGUUUUCCACUGUUACAACUGACGCACCGCGGUGUGAAAGCAACAGGAGAGAGAAUCCAACCAAUCACCUGCGCGAAAAAAAGAGAGAAAUCAAAACGAAGGGCAUAAGCUGGACGGGAAGCGAGAAGGAGACAAAGAGAGAGGAUCGGAGAAGAGGAGGAGAACCAGGCAGAGAGAGAGGGGACGAUGGACGCAUGCUGAGAGAGAGGGUGUAAAGGGAGCGGCCGCCACUCGCACGUGCCCCUCGAUGGGACGAGGAGGGGGUACCCACACGCCACGGAGAGGGAGAGGAACCCACACAGCACCCAAGCCUCCAGGAGGGGGGGAGGCGAAGACAGAGAAGGAGGCACAGAGGGAGCACAUCCAGGACACGCGCGGCGCACUGAGGGGGACACUAGAGAAGAACGACGGAAAAGCAAGAGAAGCCGAGAAAAAGAAAAUAUACGAAGAGACGAGGGGGGACAACUCCCUUGACCUCUCUUCGGACAGGAAGCCCCAAACUCCUGUCUCGUCCUCUUCCCCAUCACCACAGGAACACCCCCACCUACCCAACCCAUCCCAACCCACACCCCACAUGAGCCCUCCCUCAUCUACUCCUGGCCCUGGCCCCCUCAGAGCUCCCCUGUGUGGAAGAGUGGAGGCAAGAGGCAAGGCCUACCUGCCCAAGUGGAGAGACCGCCAGGGCUCAGACUCUCGCACAGUCUCCCAAAUCUCACAUUGUUCGCUCGCCAUGAGCUGAGAAGUAGAAGGAGAUAAAGGAAAGGGCGAGAGAAUGGCGGGAGAGCAAGAGAAGAUGGCGAGGGUUAGGACUGCCUGGGCACGCACAUCUGGGGGAACUUUUUACUGCUUUUCCCGCCUCAGAAUUGACAAAGGGCUUCUGGGUUGUCAUUGAAGCCCUGCGAAGUAGGCGUUUCUGACGGAGUGGUGUUGGUUUCAGGGGGAGCUGAAGUGAUGAUGCUGAAUGAACGUUCUAAAUCUCACGUCAAAACAGUGAUGUGCCACAUUGCUUUAAAGGACAAAUAGGCUUUGAGGUUGUUUCCACACAGAGUCUGUUACAGAGGUUUUUGGGGGAAAAUACAGGAGGGCUUGCCAGUGUGUUGCCAGCUUUCCAAAAGAGUCUUUUUUUUAGGUGAUU